UUUAUUUCAAUCAAGAAUUAGGGUUAUAUCCACAUAUAUAUAUAUAUAUAUACAUGCUUUCUAUGGAAGAAUUAUUAUAUUAUGGGCUUUAAUUUCCUUUCCAACUCGAUCGAUCAUGUUAAUUAUAUCAUUUUAUUUUUUUACAUAAAUGAGAUAACUUUACGGGCUGUGUGUGACCUAUUGGAACAGUGAGAUCGAGGGUAAGAUUUUGAUGUCGGAAAAUGCCCAAAUGAAACAAGAGAAUAGUCCAUUUGACAACGUAACACCAAAUGAUUCUCAUAUUAUAUAAUACUAGUAUAGUAUAUAUUAGCAAGGCUUGUCUCUCUUGUUGGCAUUGCAUGCAUGCAUGCAUCUAAUUAUCUAUACAUAUAAUAAAUAUAAUAUAAUUAUGUAUGCGUGCUAGAAAGAGCUUAGCUUAGAUUAACUUUGCCUUUUUCUAAUUAAUCAAAUUAACAUUAAUUAUCCUUCUAACCUUGUGCUAAUCACGUGACAAAAGCAUAAUUGAUGCUGUUACAGUUCAUCACUCUCGACAUGUACACAUACAGACAUGAAAUGCUGUCAUCAAUCAACCCUUUCUUCUUUUACCUAUAUAUAUUGCUCCAAUUAAUUACAUAAAAGUUCAUAUAUGAACUUUGAGAAUAUAGAUAUAGACAUAGAUAUACACGGUCUAUGAUAUACUCCAUCCUAUAUCUAUCUAUAUGUUUGUUUUUUUUACAAGAAGUUUUAUUGAAGUGUAAUAGGAAUAAAAAUAAAAAGACUUAAAAUAUCAUAAAAAAUUUAUUGUGUAUAUUUGUAAUAUAGUGUAAGUUUAGUGGUAAUUUUAAUAAUAGAUAGAAAUUAGGGUUACUAGAAAAAAAAAAUGAAUAUUUAAUUUUGAGAGGGACCAAAAUUAUUUAGGAGGGAGCAUAUUAUAUUUAAACACCUAUUAUAAUCUAUAUAUACACACACACAUACUUAUCCCAAAAAGGAUGUUUAAUUUUAUUGGCUGAGGAUUAAAUUAGUAAUAAAAGAUGCUUCGUUGUUAAUUAGAUAUAAACAUGAACACAAAUACAUUAGUUAAUUGAUUAUAGUAUUAUUUAAUCAACACUGAUCCAACUGAUAGAUUAUUUAUUUAUUAGUAUUAUUUUUUCACGAUUAACAAAUUAAAUUAAAAGGCCAUAAAAGCUAAGCAGUGGAAUAUUCUGUCUCUGCUCUGUCCAUUCAUGUUUUUUUGCAAUAUUUUUCACGAGUGGGUUCAAUAUAAAAUAAAACCACUGAUUCCCAAACCAUAAGUGGGAAUUAUAAUAAUUAAAUAUAUAUAUGUCUAUAGUUAAGGAAGCAAUUAGUUUCGAUAACUGCAAUUAGUUUGACUCUACACAUUAAUGUUAUCCACAACUUUUUCAGUUCUUGAGCCCUGUGUCUCCUUAACCCAUUCUAUUCUUCCUACGCUUUUAUUAAUUCUUAAUAACCUUCAACUGCCUUUUCCUAAAACUAAAAUUUUAGUAUCAGCCCAUACCUUAUGAUGAAGCCCAUACCAAAAUCCAGAUUAAUCCUAUUGGGCCUUUUAAAUCUAUCAGCCCAAUAGUCAAGCCCAUUAUCAUAACACUGAUUUAAUUAGGUCUAACAUAUUGUUGGAGCCCAAUAUUGGCUAUAUUAUAUUACUAGCCAAGAAAAAGUACAAUAAUAUGGAUAUAUGCAUUGAUAAUUUAUUAGUAUUAGCCAAAAGUUGAUCAAUAAUCGACCAAUAAUGUCUUUAACUUGGGCCCACAACAUCCAUCUCUAAAAUUCAACACAACACUGUUCUCUCUCUCUCUCUCUCUAUCUAUUUCUUUGUUUUCAUCAUACCCAAUGUGAAGUUUUUUGGACUGUAAUAACAAAGCCUGGAAAUGGACUCCAGGGUGUUGUAUUUCAAGAAUCACCACUCCAGAAAGACAAAAACCAAACAAGAGAAAAAAAAACAGGUCUGGAUUAGUGUGUGACUGUGUGUAAAUGUAAAAAAAGAUACAGUUGCAGACAAGAACACUGCCCGUGCCCAAACACGUGCCACCACAACUGAGUCGGGCCCUGUAAAAGAUUUCUUUUAUAUAUUUGGGACUGCUGUUAGCUGUUUGCAUCAUCAUCUUCAGGUGGUUCCACUCCAUAUAGUGAAAAACACAUAACAUAAAAAUCCAGUCUUUAAAAUGACUAGCUAGAUAGAGGGGGUUUCAUAUCAUGGGUCUUUUUCCAUUAAUUCUCAGAGAGAUUUUAAAUUUACUACUUAUCUGUUAAUCUUAUGUUCUAAUCAUUUGAAAGAAUUAGCUAGAAUUGAAUAAUAGUGGUGGUCUGUAACGGUGCCUGCCCUGCAAUUUAUAUUAAUGGCGGAACGUUGGGUAGUGGAGCUCUUUGGAUGAUCUCGACCGUUGGAUGAUUCCGGGAGUUGUGCACCCAGGAGUGGGGAAAGAAUCUGUACUGUUGUGAAACGAAGGCGCAUCGACCAUGGCUGGUGGGGCCCAAAUCGAAAUGGUAGUGGUGAAACCCUAAACUAUACUGACACAGGAUGAAGAUGGCGACUGAGGAAGGAAGAUGAUUCGGAAUUUAUGAGAGAGAGAGCUGAAAGGCAUAGCUUGCUCAACUAGUCAAAGCUAGAGAGAGAGAGAAUCAGGGCCCCGCCAGGUCUCUCUCUCUCUCUCUCCUUCAGAGAAUUUUCACCUUUUUCCCUUUUUCUUUAAUCUUUAUUAGUAUUUCUUCUUGAUGUGCUAGAAUGCGCCGCUUCUGAAACCGCUCUCCACGCUUCCUCCUUCCUCUUCCCCUUUCCAUGGAGAUGUACGGGCCACCGGCGGCGGCGCGUAUGGUUCUGGUUCUGGUGGUGUUUCUUGGAACUCAGCUUUGUUUAACAAUGGCAGCACUCGAUUGCCCGUUGGACUUGAGCCGUGCUAAUUUCACCCUUGCCGCGUCGCUCUGCUCGAGCCAGGCGAGCCGGGGGAAGUGCUGCCGGUACAUCAAUGCUUUGGUGGCUGUAUCUGUGUCCCAAUACGCGAACACAACGAGCAAUUUGGGGGUUCCUUUGAAUACGAACGACAUCUGCUUGCAUACGGUGUCGAGAACUUUUGAGCUCUAUGGAGUGACCGGGAACGCCACCAUUUUCUGCGGCUUCGGGACAAAGAUACCCGUGAACUAUGCGUGUCAAUGGCGAUCGACCGUCGCGCAAAUGAUCCAGUCUCCGAAAUUCGAUGAUGUCGCUGAAAAUUGUCGAGUGCCUUUGUCGCAGAACAAUGCUUGCCGGAAGUGCUUGAAUGCCGGGAUUCUGUAUCUGCGCAAUUUGCUCGGUCCUGUCGAUAACGUCACGUUGAGUACGUGUAGGGACGCUACUUUUGCCGCUCUUGCUAGCAAACUUGACUACCCGUCGACGAUGGAUCUCGCCGGAUGUUUUUUCGGGGUUCAAGGUCUCAUCAAUUCCACUGAUUCGUUUCCGUCUUCACCUUCUCCCGGAGCUUCUCCCGGCGCGCCGGCUGCUGCUAGUCCGACUCAGCUCUCGCUCGUCGUGCCUCUGAAGGAAAAUCGUCGCCGUUACCACUUGGGAUUGGUUCCAAGCGUCGGGAUUGCAGUUACGGUGCUCGCUCUUUCGCUCCUCGCCGUAUUGAUUUUCUUAAUCCGAGCUAAGAGAAAGAAACUAAAGGAUGCCGAUAUCGGCGACAAGACAACUUCUCCGGCCGUAACUCUCCAUACAAAAAAAUUUCAAGAUGGCCCGCCGUGUCUGUUUCGAAAAUUCAGCUACAAAGAGGUGAAGAAAGGUACGAACAACUUUGGCGCCCUUGUCGGAAGGGGAGGCUUCGGAGUUGUGUACAGAGCAGAAUUUCGUGACGGUUUAGUCGCAGCCGUGAAACGGAUGAGCAAAGCUUCGGAGCAGGCGGAGGAUGACUUCUGUCGGGAGCUUGAGCUCCUUGCUCGGCUGCAUCACCGUCAUCUUGUUUCUCUCCGAGGCUUUUGCAUCGAGCGACAUGAAAGGUUCCUAAUUUACGAGUACAUGGCAAACGGAAGUUUAAAGGAUCAUCUCCACGCACAAGGCAGGACUCCUCUAAGCUGGGGUACGAGGAUUCAAAUCGCCAUCGACGUAGCAAAUGCACUGGAAUACCUUCAUCUUUAUUGCGAUCCGCCUUUGUGCCAUAGAGACAUCAAGUCAAGCAAUAUACUACUCGAUGAGAACUUCGUCGCAAAGGUUGCCGAUUUCGGGCUUGCGCACGCGUCGAAAGAUGGCUCCAUAUGCUUUGAACCCGUGAACACCGACAUACGGGGAACACCCGGGUAUUUGGAUCCCGAGUACGUGAUAACGCAAGAACUGACGGAGAAGAGCGACGUUUAUAGCUACGGCAUCGUUCUUCUGGAGCUAAUUACCGGGAGACAGGCGAUCGAGAACAAGAAGAACUUAGUCGAGUGGUCGGAAGAAUUCCUCGCUUCGGAAUACAGGAUAACCGAGCUCGUGGACCCGUACCUCGGCGACGGUUACGAUUUCGAUCAGCUUCAAACCGCUCUGGCAAUCGUACGAUGGUGUACGCAGCGAGAAGGGAGGGCGCGGCCAUCCAUCAAGCAAGUUUUACGACUUCUGUACGAAAGCUCGGACCCGUUGCACAGCGGGUUCGUCGAAGCCAUAGAGGAUGAAGAAAUCGAAGAAAGUAGGGGAAGGAAAAGCCGAGGCAAGAACACGUACUUCAGCGGGGACGGACGAUGUUUGGCUUCGUCGUCGAGCACAUCCCGGUCACAUUGCAGCCGGAGCUUCCUUCUGGAAACUGGGUCCCCUGUUUCGCCGGGUAACGUCCCGUCAAUUUAAGACCCCCGUCCCGUCGCAUACGCUACAAGAUCGAACGGAGUAGAGUUAGAAGCAGCAGCUGUGGUAUACCUUUUUUCGUGUGCUGUCGAGAAUGUCUGCGAUUCGUCGAAGCUUUUGCUUCUUGUUUGUGUAAGAACUAAGAAUACUCUGUGUUCUCAAAUGAAAGAAGAAUCAAAAGAGACCUAUUA